AUGGCGUUGUACCUGCUCUAUGAGUCGGCGUCUGGGUACGCACUCUUUUCGGCCUACGGGUUGGAUGAAAUCGGGCAGAACACCGAGGCUGUUCAGAGCUCCGUCACUGACCUCACCCGGUUUACCAAAGUUGUGAAGCUUGAAGCUUUUACCCCUUUUGAUUCAGCCCUCGAUGCUCUUAACCAAUGCAGUUCCGUUUCUGAAGGGCAAAUGACUGAUGGGCUCAGAAACUUCUUGGAGGCGUCUAUUCCAAAACCCAAGGAAGGUAAAAAGCCUAAAUACAGCUUAGGUGUAGCAGAACCUAAACUUGGCUCCCAUAUUCAUGAAGAGACUAAGAUUCCCUGCCAGAGCAAUGAGUUUGUCAAUGAGCUUCUUCGCGGUGUUCGUCUCCAUUUUGAUAAAUUUAUUGAGAACCUCAAGAGUGGUGACUUGGAGAAAGCUCAGCUUGGUUUGGGCCACAGUUACAGCAGAGCCAAAGUGAAGUUCAAUGUUAACCGUGUUGACAAUAUGGUUAUUCAGGCUAUCUUCCUUCUGGAUACCCUUGACAAGGAUGUUAAUUCCUUUUCAAUGAGAGUCAGGGAAUGGUACUCUUGGCAUUUUCCUGAAUUGGUAAAGGUUAUCAAUGACAAUUAUCUCUAUGCUAAAGUUGCCAAGUUUAUUGAAGACAAAUCACAGUUAAGUGAAGAGCAAAUACCAGAGCUAACUGAUAUUGUGGGCGAUGAAGAUAAAGCAAAAGAAAUUGUGGAAGCUGCUAAAGCAUCAAUGGGGCAGGAUUUGUCCCCAAUUGACUUGAUUAAUGUCAAGCAAUUUGCACAAAGGGUGAUCGACCUUGCUGAGUACAGGAAGACGCUUUAUGACUAUCUAGUUGCUAAAAUGAAUGACAUAGCACCAAACCUGGCUGCUCUCAUUGGUGAAGUUGUGGGGGCUCGCUUGAUUUCUCAUGCUGGAAGUCUUACAAACCUGGCAAAAUGUCCUUCUUCUACACUUCAGAUCCUUGGUGCUGAGAAGGCAUUGUUCAGGGCCUUGAAAACUCGAGGAAACACUCCUAAGUAUGGACUAAUAUUCCACUCCUCUUUCAUUGGUCGGGCAUCUGCAAGAAACAAAGGUCGAAUGGCUCGUUAUCUUGCUAACAAAUGCUCAAUUGCUUCUCGCAUUGACUGUUUUCUGGAGAAGAACACCAAUGCCUUUGGGGAGAAACUUCGUGAACAAGUUGAAGAAAGACUUGAUUUUUAUGACAAGGGGGUUGCACCUCGUAAAAAUAUUGAUGUGAUGAAGUCUGCUCUGGAAAAUGUUAUUAAGAAUGAUUCGGAAAUGGAUGUAGAUGAGCCUUCCACAAAGAAAAGCAAGAAAAGGAAAUCCAAAGCAGAAGCAAUGGAAGAGGAUACACCGGUUGCUGAUGCAAAUGGGGAUGCUUCUGAAGAACCUAAAACAGAGAAGAAGAAGAAGAAAAAGGAUAAGAAGAAGCACGAGGAAGAAAAUGUAGAAGAUGCUGUCCCAGUAGAUGAUGGAACAGCAAAAAAGAAGAAAAAGAAGAAGAGCAAGGAUGAAGACGUUGAGGCACCUGUUGCCGCUAGCGAAGGUAAAAAGAAGAAAAAGAAGAAAUCCAAGGGCGAAGACGAUGAAUAG